UACAUGUUGCCAUAGUCACGAGAUUAUUUCCGGCCCGAGCCGAAAGAAUGGCGGUCAAAAUAGUCGCACGCAUCAAAAGAUUGCUUCCGGGCUAUGGCCCGGGGCCCAAGGAGCCAAGCCGAGAAGCCGGCUUGGACUUGCGUGAAGAAUACGCCAACGCCUUUCGUACGGAAUCAUAUAACGAGUUCUGGGCACGUGUCCUCGCGCUCUCCGACGACGAUCCUCCCCCGCGCGACCCAGCCGGAUCGACCGCCGCGGCUCGGCUCUCCUCCUACCGGCUCUUCGCCGAGCAUCUCUUGGAGCCGGACCAGCCCGCCGUCGUACGGAUCCUGGACUUGGCCCGCAUCCGACCGGCGCAGAAAUCCCUGUUGGCGGAGUACUUCUCCGGAACCGCCACAGCCUCCCUCCUCUGCGGCGCCCUUCUCAAGGACCUCGACCGAACGCGGGUCCAAUACCGCUCCCUCAAAUCGGCCCUUCAAUCUCUCGGCAACUCUCAAUUCAGAUCCUUGAGCCAAUUCCCGAGCAUCUUAACCCGCUUGACCGAAUUAUCGAAUUUGGAAAACCUGUUAACAUCCUCUUCUUCUUCUACAAUCCAAAUUCAAUCCACCCAAGUCGGUUGCUCGACGCUGUUGAGCCAGCUCGAGUCGAGCCGUAACAAAGCGAAAGCGAAGCUCAAGACCAUCAAUAAGCUCCAGCAAGGCUCGGCUACUUUCCUUAUAGCCGUAACCGCUUCCUUGACUAUAAUUGUCAUGGCCCACGGUCUUGCGAUGGUGGUGGCUGCGCCAGUUAUAGCAGCGGUUGCUUCGUUCGAAAUGGCCUUGGCCAAGAGCUUGAGAAAAGUCUUGGCUCAAUUGGACGCGGCUGCCAAAGGGACUUACAUAUUGAAGAGGGAUAUGGACACAAUUAGCCGGCUUGUGGCUCGGAUCGACGACGAGCUCGAGCACAUGCGUGCGAUGGUCCGGUUUUGGCUCGACCGUGGGGACGACAAGAUCCAAGUUGGCAGAAAAGCAGCCCUUGGUGAAAACGAGUGCGACUUUGAGAAGCAACUUGACGAACUAGAAGAGCACUUGUACCUGUGUUUCAUGACCAUUAACAGGGCACGAAAUCUUGUUGUGAAAGAGCUUCUAGAUCCAAGUUAAAUUAAACGGGUCAAUUUGAUCCCCCGUAUUUAUGAAAUCGUUAAUUCGAAAUUAUUGGCCAGAUUUUAUUUUGAUAUUAUUCU